AGUGCUCGGCGGCUCGGGGGGCGGCUCGCCAUCUUCUCCAGCCUCUCGGGUAGGUGUUUGUCUUCCCGGAGAGGUAGGCUGGCGACCAGAGACAGUUUUUCAUCAAAAACUGUACCGGGGACUUCCCUGGUGGCCGAGUGGUUAAGAAUCCGCCUGCGAGAGCACGGGACGCAGGUUUGAGCCCUGGUCCGAGAAGAUCCCACAUGCCGCAGAGCAACUAAGCCCGUGUGCCACAACUACUGAGCCUGCGCUCUAGAGCCCACAAGCCACAACUACUGAGCCCACAUGCCACAGCUACUAAAGCCCGCAUGCUUAGAGCCCGUGUUCCACAACAAGAGAAGCCACCACGAUGAGAAGGCCGCACACCACAAUGAGGAGUAGCCCCCUCUCGCUGCAACUAGAGAAAGCCCACGUGCAACAAUGAAGACCCAAUGCAGCCAAAAGCUUCAUGCAGGAUGCUGUGUUCUGUGCUCUUUUGUGAAUGUCUGUGGCUGAUAACUGCUUAUGCUCAUGAUGAUGACUGGAUUGACCCCACAGACAUGCUUAACUAUGAUGCUGCUUCAGGAACAAUGAGAAAAUCUCAGGUGAAGUAUGGUAUAUCAGAGAAAGAAGAGGUCAGUCCUGACUUACCACAUGCUGAUGAAUUGUCAGAAUGUUACAGCAGACUUGAUUCUUUAACUCAUAAGAUCGAUGAGUGUGAAAAGCAGAAGAGAAAAGACUAUGAAAGUCAAAGCAAUCCUGUUUUUAGGAGAUACUUAAAUAAGAUUUUAAUUGAAACCAGAAAGCUUGGCCUUCCUGAUGAAAACAAAGGUGAUAUGCAUUAUGAUGCCGAGAUUAUCCUUAAAAGACAAACCUUGUUAGAAAUACAAAAGUUUCUCAGUGGAGAGGAUUGGAAGCCAGGAGCCUUGGAUGAUGCACUAAGUGAUAUUUUAAUUAAUUUUAAGUUUCAUAAUUUUGAAACAUGGAAGUGGCAAUUUGAAGAUUCCUUUGGAGUGGAUCCAUAUAAUGUAUUGAUGAUGCUUCUGUGUCUGCUCUGCAUCGUGGUGUUAGUAGCUACUGAGCUGUGGACGUAUGUUCGUUGGUACACCCAGUUGAGACGUGUUUUAUUCAUCAGUUUUCUCAUCAGUUUGGGAUGGAAUUGGAUGUAUUUAUAUAAGCUAGCCUUUGCCCAGCAUCAGGCUGAAGUUGCCAAGAUGGAGCCUUUAAACAAUGUGUGUGCUGAGAACAUGGAUUGGACUGGAAGUCUCUUGGAAUGGCUUAGAAGUUCAUGGACCUAUAAGGAUGACUCAUGCCAAAAAUACUAUGAGCUCUUAUUAGUCAACCCUAUUUGGUUGGUCCCACCAACAAAGGCACUAGCAGUUACAUUUACCAACUUUGUCACGGAGCCAUUGAAGCAUAUUGGAAAGGGAGCUGGUGAAUUUAUUAAAGCACUCAUGAAGGAGAUCCCAGUGUUACUACACAUUCCAGUGCUGAUAAUUAUGGCAUUAGCUGUCCUGAGUUUCUGCUAUGGUGCUGGAAAAUCAGUUAAUAUGCUGAGACAUGUGGGUGGCCCUGAAAGAGAACCACCCCAGGCACUUCAGCCAGGUGAAAGAAGAUGGCAGCAGGAAAUUGAUUAUAGACCCCAUGGUGGAGCAGGUGAUGCAGAUUUCUAUUAUAGGGGCCAAAUUGGCCCCAUUGAGCAAGGCCCUAAUGACAAAACAUGUGAGGGUAGAAGAGAUGUUUUGAGAGAGAGAGAUGUUGACUUGAGAUUUCAGACUGGCAACAAGAGCCUUGAAGUGCUUCCGGCAUUUGAUUUACCAGACGCAGAGGCGAGAGAGCAUCCCAAGGUGGUACCCAGUCAUAAAUCACCUAUUUUGGAUAUAAAGCCCAAAGAAAUUGGUGGAAUCUCAGGAGAAAGCACACUGACUGAAAGCAGCCAGUCUGCUAAGCCUGUCUCUGGCCAAAAGAUACCAGAGAGUGUGGAAGGUUCCCCUGCAGUGGAAAAGGCCCAGCUCAGGACUGACGCCACAGGCGGCCCAGAGGAAGGCAGCACGUCCAGCCCAGCAAGCACUGCAGUGAGGGUGUGUGGAAGGGAUCCAGACUGCAGCCCAUGUGGCUAGAGGAACACAGACAUGGACCACAGCUCUGAGGUCAUCUUUGGGUUUUGUAAAGUAUACUCUUCACAGCUAUUUCUUCUUCUCUACAAAUAUCCUGUUAUUUACUACACAGGUACCAACUUAAACAUCAGUAUUUUUACUGACAAUCAGAAUUAACAAGCAUGCAUGUAUCUGUUUAAUUUCAUCUUUGAUAUUAAGAUGCAUCCUGUAAAGUUUUGAAGUAUUAAUUCUGGAACAGGAUCUCAUAGAUGACAUAUGGCAAGCAUUAAUGAUUUUGAAUAAUCAUAGAGGCCAGUUUGAAUUAGGGGACAUUGAAAAAGAAGUUCUGUUGUUUACAGGCAUAUAUAGGAACCAACUCACCAAAGUGUGUGUUGCCUCGUGGAAGUCCUGUGAUAACUACUUUAGUUAACAGAAUUAUUUGUUGUGCACUGGACUCAGAAUAGUUCAAGUGGUAGGUACUCAAAAACAACAUUUAAGGAAAGUCACUGUAGUCAUGCUUACCCUCUUCAUUCACUUCAGCAUUUUAGUGUAACCACGGAGUCUGCAUCACCACUGUCAGUCUGCCUCGUGUAGGCUGCCUGCAGAUCAGCCUUCAUCUCUCAACUCUCACCACUAUUACUGGGCCUGCUUCCUUAUCACCCCUUUUACUUUAUCCUUAGCUAAGACAGAACUGAAGAUUGUCAGGGGAAUUUAGAUUACACAGAUUGUUAAGUCAGUAAUCUCAGUUUUACAUCCUUUGAGAAUGGCUUUAUUUCCCCAGCAAAUGAAGUACACAGGCUUUAUAAGACCUGUUUUCCUCGCUACUCAGAAUCCCAGCAGUUGCGAUUGUUAGAUAUUACUAUAUCUUAUUUAUAUUACAGUAAACCAUAUUGUCCAAGCCAUAUGAAGUUCUAAUUUUUAGAGAUCUAUACAAAGAGGAAUAAUACCACAAUAAGGAAAACAGAGUAGGGU